AUAAAAUAAGGUCAUAUUAUUUCUGUUAAUUAUGUACUGCUCAAAUUGACCUAUAAGAUUCUUGACAAGCAGAUGGGACGUUAGUGCCAUUGAUAAAUUGCCGCCAUACAUGAAAUCGUGUUAUCUUGCCAUUCUCGAUGUUUAUGCUGAAAUGGAGGAGGAAUUGGCCAAGAGAGGAGAAUCUUAUCGGGUUGACUACGCUAAAAAUGAGAUGAAAAAGUUGACUAGGGCAUAUUUUGAAGAGGCAAAGUGGUCUCAUUCAGCUUGUUAUGUCCCAACUUUUGAGGAGUACAUGAAGGUUGCACUUGUUUCUAGUGGUUACAUGAUGGUUGCAACAACUUCUUUAGUUGGCAUAGACGAUAAUUUGAUAAACAAGAAUGUCAUGGAUUGGGUUACACAUAAACCUUUAAUUGUUCAAGCUUCAACGGUAAUUGCCAGACUGAUGGAUGACAUGGCUGGACAUGAAUUUGAACAGGAAAGAGGACAUGAACCUUCAGCAGUAGAGUGCUACAUGAAGCAGCAUGGAACAUCAAAAGAAGAGGUGUUUUUGGAGCUUCAAAAAUUAGUAAGUAAUGCAUGGAAAGAUAUAAACAGACAAUGUUUGUAUCCAAGAGAAGUACCAAUGCUUAUUCUCAUGCGAGUUCUCAAUCUUGCACGCGUGAUAGAUCUCCUUUACAAAGAUGAAGAUGCAUUUACACAUUCCACUACCAAGCUCAAGAACAUCAUUACUUCAAUAUUGGUUGAUCCUGUUCCAUAAUGCAACCAUGUUAGGGUCAUCUGAUAUCAUCAUUUAUACCUAUACUGAUCUUUAUACAAAUAGUUGGUCUAAUUCAUAUUUA